AUGGCCCACCUCCUCCACCGCCGCCGCCUCCCCUCCCUCGCCCGCCCUCUCCUCCGUCUCCUCGUCGCCCGCCGCGGCCGCCACUCCGCCCCUGCCCUCUUCUCCGUCGCCCUCCAGGCCGCCGCCCCCCGCCCCCCUCACCCUUCCCUCCUCGACUCCCUCGCCCUCGAGUACGCCGACGCCGGCCUCGUCUCCGACGCAAUCCACUGUCUCCGCCUUGCUCUCCGGCACCGCCUCCCCCUCCCUUUCCGUUCCUCCGCUCGCCUCCUUCGCCAGCUCAUGAGGUCCGACUCCCCCGCCGCCGCCUGGGCCUUCUACUUGGAGAUCCUUGCCGCCGGAUUCCCUCCCAAGCUGCAAACUUUCAACGUGCUGAUGCACUCUCUCUGCAAGGAGGGUAAGGUCAGGGAGGCCCAUUCGAUUUUGGAUGAGAUUCGGAGGUUUAAAACUGUGCCCAGUGCCGUCAGCUUCAAUACUCUCAUCAAUGGGUACUGUAAAGUUGGCGACUUGGAAGCUGGAUUUGAUUUGAAGAGACGGAUGAUGGAAGCUGGGGUCCAUCCUGAUGUUUUUACGUACAGUGUUUUGAUCAGGGGGUUGUGUAAAGCCAGCAGGUUGGAGGAUGCCAACCUGUUGUUCGAUGAAAUGUGCUCUAGAGGGUUGGUUCCCAAUGCAGUUACAUUCACCACGAUGAUUGAUGGGCACUGUAAAGAUGGCAAGGUUGUGGCUGGGAUGGAGAUUUUUAGAGAGAUGUGUAGGAAAGGUAUUCAACCGGAUUUGGUUACUUUUAAUGCUCUUGUGAAUUGCCUCUGCAAGGCUGGGGAUUUGAGGGAGGCGAAGCUGGUUGUGGAGGAAAUGAGGGGAAGAGGUUUGAAGCCUGACAAAGUGACUUACACUACUCUAAUUGAUGGGUGUUGCAAGGAGGGACAUCUGGAGUUGGCAAUUGAGGUUAAAAGGAGAAUGAUGGCUGAAGGGAUCGAGUUAGAUGAUGUGACCUACACAGCACUUAUUUCAGGGUUGAGUAGAGAGGGGUGGGUGGUGGAUGCAGAGAGGACACUACAUGAGAUGGUGAGGGCUGGUAUGGUCCCCAACGAGGUGACAUAUACUAUGGUAAUUGAUGCAUUUUGUAAGAAGGGGGAAGUUAAGACAGGUUUUAAGUUGUUAAAGGAGAUGCAGAGUAAGGGUCAUAAGCCAGGGGUCAUCACAUAUAAUGUGAUCAUGAAUGGGCUUUGCAAGCUUGGACAGAUGAAGAAUGCUAACAUGCUCUUGAAUGCGAUGCUUAAUCUGAGAGUUACCCCGGACGAUGUCACUUACAAUAUUCUUUUAGAGGGGCACUGCAAGCAUGGAGAAGUUGAGAAUCAGGAGGAGUUAAGGGGUGAAAAGGGAAUGGUUUCAGAUUUUGCAGUUUAUACCUCAUUGAUCAAUGAAUUAGUCAGAAAACCUAGGAGCCACCAAAAUAAAUAGUGACAUGGUGAUACAUUCAGGGAUUCAGGUCUCAGUGAGACGUCCCGUGGGACAUCGGGACGGGGUACCAUCCCAUAUAUUGGGACAGGCCGUCCCGCUAGCAUCCCGGCAUCCCGAUCGGGACGUCUUGGGACUUCCUCUGUUCUAAGUGUCGGGACGGAGCGGGACGGCGACGUGUUCCGUUCCAUGAGAAAAUUGGAAUAGCCCCAUUCUACGGGAUUUAAAACCUUGGAUACAUUAGGUACUAACCUUCUUAAAGGUGUUCUUACUCUUGAAGAUUUUCAUUUGUUACCUCUUCAAGGCUUUGAAAAUUGCAUGUGAAUUGGAGUCUCUUUGUAACUUAUGGACAUCAAUUUAUCAUUUUUGUGAUGUCCAUAUAUAAGAGACUGGACGGUCUGGACUUCCAUCUGGCACAUCUUCUUGUGAUCUUCCCUCACCAUUUGGUUCAUUUAGUUCCAAGUGCCAUGUCCAUGAUUCUGUUCUUCACCUACAUGAAGAUGGAAAAGAAGUGAAUGGCAUGCCUUCCAUGUCAUCCUCAAAUAUGAAAAAUUGUAAAGUUUUAGAAUUGGUGCUUUUCUCUGGAUUAAAUGAACUUCAGUAAGAUGAUUCUCUGAAGCUGGAGAUCCUUGUGUUGUAUUGUCAAUAAGGGCACUUGGUGCUUUUAUUUUACAAGACCAUUUCACUGUGAAAGGAUCAUUUUUUGGUGCAUUAAAAAACAAUGAGAAUCAGCAACUAGGAAAGGUAUAUCAGCUCAACACAAGAUAUCCAUACAUAAUUUACAGUCAAAAGCUCAACACAUCUGUAUCAAUGUUACCAUGCACUCAUAUGCAGUUCAAGUUAGAAAAUUCUACACUACCAACAGAACCAAAGUUUGAAGCAAACUAAAUAUGGAAGAGAGAGUUGUGGACUAAAGUGGCUCAUAGGUUGAAAGCAACCUUCAAAUGCAAAUUCUAAGUGUAAUUGCACCCCUUUAUGUGGACAAACAGCACAGUCAACCGUAUGGUGCAGAUCUGGAACAUCAACAGCUGAUAAGACACAGAUGUCACCAGGGUUGAGGCAGGGGUUUUUGGCAACACCAACUUUCCCCUUCAGUACAACAGUACAGUGGUCUGAUUCACUUCGACCAAAAGAGACCAUUAUUAUGGAAAAGCAUUUUUCCCGUUCAGGAAGCUUGAACAAAUAGCUGCCCAUAUUCCAAAGUCUCCAUUUCAUCCAUGCAUCCCAUCAUUUCUCUGCCUUCUGGAACAAAUGUCGUUGACUUUAUUCUCAGUUACAACAGCCUUAAUGCCCUAAAUGUUUGGAGCAGCAUUGAAAGGAAAGGUUCGGCAUCAUACUUGUAACCACAGUAGAUAUUCUUUGAGAAUGUUGGUUGUUUCUCCUGGGGACAUUAAUUCUCCCUGUGCCCUUUCUGGAUAAGUUAAAAUCUUGUCCAAUUAAUUUAUAGCUUCUUCUUGCUUCAC